AUGUAUAGACUGAACAGGAGGGGUCCCAAGAUAGACCCCUGGGGAGCUCCACAGUGGAGUAAACUUGUCACACUGACAGUUUCUGACGCAGACAAACCAAAGGCGGUCCUCACUGUGUCUCCAUCAUGGCUGAGUCCAGGAGCCCCAGUAACUCUCCACUGUGAGGUCAAAGAUCCAGAAGCAGGAUGGAGGUUUUACUGGUUUCAGGCUGUUCCCAAACUCCCAGAGAACGCCUACAGCUAUGAGCUGCUGCGCGGCAGCAGCAGUGGAACCGAGCAGGAUUCUUACAUCGUCCACAGGCUGAAACACACAGUGGGAUUCAUGUGCAGAGCAGGAAGAGGAGACCCAGAGUUUCUCACCAAUGACAGCCAACCAAAGUUUGUCUGGUCUGGAGAUUUUCCAUCACCAGUAUCACUGACAGUGGUUCCUAACAGAGUUCAGCAUUUCACCUCUCAGUCACUUUCACUUCACUGUGAGGGAAACUCUGAGUGGACGGUGAAGAAGUUCACUCAAAGCCACCAGGCGUCACUCUGUGAUUCCAGAAAAAGAUCCAGGUGCGAGUUCACAACUACAGGUGAAGCGGUGUACUGGUGUGAGACAGCGGCAGGACAAUUCAGCAACGCAAUCAACAUCACUGCACACCCUGACAUCAUCCUGCUGAGUCCCGCCCAUCCUGUGACUGAGGGAGAUUCUGUCACUCUGGGCUGUGAACUCACGACACAAACAUUACUUUCUAACACUGACUUCUAUCGAAACGACAGAAUCAUCAGGAACAACACGAAUGGGACGAUGACGUUUGCUGCCUAUCCGCGCAUAUGCGGUAAUAAUUAG